AUGGCCUGUCUAAUUACCCUCAAUUUGCACCACUCUGUCCCCGACCUCGAGAAACCGUCACACCCCUCACACAGGUCAUGGAAGAAGAGCCUACAGAUAUUGCGAGAUAUUCGUAAUGAGGAGUGCUACUACAAAUGGGAAAUUUCUCAAAUCUACUUCUGCGUCGACGAAGAGCACCCCAACCAAGUCGUAUUCAUGUACCCCCGCCUCGACAAGAAAGAUUUCAAAACUCUUCAAGCCAGCCUGGCCUCUACAGAUACAGACACGAGCUUGCUCCUCAGAGACGCGCUCACGCCUCUCCUAAAAGAGCCACUCUCCACAACAUCAGCAAUCCAGCUCAGCGCAGCCCUCCGCCUCGCAUAUCCACAAGGUCCCAAAUGCCUCGAGUUUCUGACAGCACGCUACCCGGAGAAUGAAACACAGCGUCUCGAUAUUACUCUAGGGUUCAUCCUCACACAGUAUCUGACGGAUUUUGCGCCAUGCACAUUCGUAAAUCCCCCGUUACCGCCGGAUACGAACCCAGUCAUGUCGUUCUCAAACGCGUCUGCAGACGAUGGCAGGACACAAUUCUGGUGCAUUGAAUGGAGGAGUCUUCAGGACCGCCAUGCUCUCUUCCAAAGUUCAGGGAUGAGAACCGUACUCAAGAGCAGCUUUCCGAAGGACCGGGUUCCGAUCCCGGAAGAACUGGGUAAGUCAGAUGGGGAUCUUACGGGGGAAGAGGGUUUCCGGCCUUAUUUUCGUUCCACGGGAGCGUCUGAGGUUCGCAGUCGGUUUUUGGGGGCGAUAAUAGUAACGGACGAGUAUCUGGGUUUGAAAGAGGGUCAGAGAGAGGAUAAGAGGGGGAAGGCGGGUUGUCAAUGUAUCGUCUUAUAA